UGUAAGAAAAUGGCUUCUAAGUUUGUAAUCUUGAUAGCAGUUUGUAUCUCUUUGAUCUCCCUUACUGGUGGUGGUAAUGCAGUGCCAUCUGUGAAAAUAUUAGUAGUAGGGAAGACAGGGUCUGGUAAAUCUACUCUCAUUAAUGGACUGUUUGGAAGUGAAAAGGUUGAAGUUGAUGGACAUGACACUCUCGAGUCUGACUCUGUGACUAAGGAUGUUGAAUGCUUUGUUGAAAUUUAUGAGUCAGGAUCCGAAAAGGAACCGUGGCAAAAAUUUAAUGUUACCAUUUGUGAUUCCCCAGGAUUUCAAGAUACCAGUUACAGUGACGAAGAAUACAUAGAAAAGCUAAAGUCAAAAUGCAAUGAUCCUGAUCUGGUAUUGUACGUUGUGUCCAUGAGAGAAACACGUUGGACUAUAGAUCAAGUUGAAACUAUCACUCUAGUUAAUAAAGCAUUGGGUACAGAAAUUUGGAAUAGCACCCUUCUUGUACUGACAUUUGCAAAUGAAGUUGAAGACAUUGAAAAGAAAAAUGAGUUUUUAAAGAAGUUUGUUCAGUCACUUGACAAAAUAGGAGUAAAAGCUGGUGACAUGCCAGUAGCUUUAGCUGGUCACUUAUUGAAUGGUGAAGGAGAUCAUUUGCCUGAGCAUAAUAUUACAUAUUGGUAUACAGAGCUCUUAAUCAAGGGUGUAAAACAAGUAAAAACGAAAGGUGUUGAUGCAUUAAUGCUUCUCAUUUUAAAAAAUAAAGAUAAAGUUCAUGUUAGAUCUAAUGAAUCAGAUAUUUUCGACAGCUGGGCACAUAAAUUUUCAAGUUUCCCUCUAAAGGCGACAUCUAUUCUUUUUUUUGAAGGCACGAAAGCAGUUAUUUGUUAUGUUUUCAACAGCAAGAUAUCAAUGGCAGUUAUUGCAAUUGUAAUUUUCACAAUAUCUGUGACAAUAUUACCAUUUGGAUGGCUUUUUGCUAGUGUUGUUGGUGUUAUAGCUGCUACAACUGGCUAUAUUAUUGCUCAAAAUAUCACAGGAGAACUUUGCAACAAAACUAUAAUAUAAGAUUUUAUGUCAGUUAGUGGAAUUACAUUAUUAUUAUUAUGCCCGAAAUUAGAUAUAGCAAUGUAACUAAUAUAA